UUUAUCCCUUCUGUCAAUAACCGUUCGGUCUGGUUACACUCUUGUCAAACGCAGGGCGCAGGCGAACGACAAAAGUAAAGUAGAGUCACUCGGAGCCAGCCAUAAGUGCAGAAAAUAUACAAAAGAAUUCGAAUUCAGAUUGAAAAUUCGUGAGAAUCCACAUUAUACUAUUAAAAGUGUACCCGAUUAAAACGUGGACGAAAUAUUAAACAAUACGAAUUGUUUAAUAACAGUGUUUUAUAAGUUUUCGCAAACGCAAGAAAUUAACUAUAGAACAAAAUGAGUGCUGGUGGCAUGGGAGAGAAAAGAAAAUUGUCUACAUCGGGCGAUUCUCUAUAUCAAAUAUUGGGACUUCCUAAAACAGCUACGGCUGAUGACAUUAAGAAGACUUACAGAAAAUUAGCACUUAAAUACCAUCCAGAUAAAAAUCCAAAUAAUACCGAUGCCGCCGAGAAAUUCAAGGAAGUGAAUCGCGCUCAUUCUAUAUUGAGCGAUCAGACGAAACGUAAUAUUUACGAUAAUUAUGGUUCAUUGGGUCUCUACAUUGCCGAACAAUUCGGUGAGGAGAAUGUGAACGCUUACUUUGUGGUGACAUCGCCGGCGGUGAAGGCGCUUGUUAUUUGCUGCACUAUUUUGACAGGCUGUUGCUGUUGCUGCUGCUGUUGUUGUUGCUGCAACUUCUGUUGUGGCAAAUUCAAGCCACCAGCGAACGAGUCGCACGAUCAGUAUGCACAUUUGAAUCGUGGCGAAGGGGAUAGAGAGCCUAGUGAUAAUUCAACAAAUAGGAUACAGUCUACAGCGCAUAAUGAGGACGCUGAUUUGGAUGAUGUAAAUUUGGGCGGCGGUUCCAAUAAUCAACAAUCCGGCCUGGGCGGUGCUGGUGGCCAACAGCAGCCGGUGUUCGCGAUGCCACCGCCACCACAAGCCGCCGGCGCCACUGGCGUGAAUCCAUUCACGGGCGCACCGGUUGCCGCUGCAACAGAGAAUACAUCGCUCAACGCUACAGAACAGCCGACAUAUACGCCAGAUAUGGUACACCAAAAAUAUUAGACGCAUUCAGCAACAAAAACAAAACAAUCAGUUAUCAGAAAUAAUUUGCGCAAAUCAAGCUUCAUAACAGCUGACGUCCAUCAACUUUACACAUUUAUUUAAAAACACAUUUUUUUGCCAAAUGCAUAUAAAUACCGCAAAGCUAAAAGAACACACAAAAUUAUUUCUUCUUAUUAAUAAAGCACAUUGUGCACUUCAUUUUACAUAUAAACGUACAUAUGUGUAAAUUACCUUAAAUUGUAUUGUGAUUUUCGAACUACAUAAUUUUCCUUUUAUUUUGCUAUUUUAUUUAAUUAUAUUUUUAAAAUAUGGAAAACGAUUAAUUUAUACAAAACCAAAUAUUUAGUGGACAUAUUUAAGCAAACAUUGAGGCAAUUAAGUGAUUAGGUUACAAAAAUGCCUAGAAGCAUGCGUAAAUGGUGUUCGAAAAUGUAAAAAUUGCGUAAAAAGAUUUUUCGAACACAGAAUUAUUUGAUUGCAUUGUAGUUACCGCAUAUUUACAACUAUUUUUCCAUUAUAUCUAUUAGUUGUAGUGCAGCUUUGUUUAAUUAUUUCAAAUCAAUUGCGAAAAUAGUUGUAGACACACAGUUAUACUUGUACCCACACAUAUGUAUAUUAAAUUAUUGUAAUUUAAUUUGAAAAUUUUUUGAAGCAGUAGUUAAAUAACAUUUUUCGAAAAUUUGAACAUAAAUUUUUCGAAAUGCGAAUUCUGAAAUUUUCGAACUAAAAUUGUUAAAUUUUAUUUUUGUAUUCUUGUGCUUUUUUCGUUUUAAAACAUUAAAAUAUUGCCAUAUUUGCAUAAUAUUUUCUUAGUUUAAUAAUAUUAAUAAAUUUAAUAUAUUAAUAUUUUCGAAAUUUAAAUUCUGAAAUUUUCGCACCAAAAAUUUUGUUUUUAAUUUUUAUAUUCUUCUGCUUUUUUCGUUUUCAAAAAUUUGCAGACAAAUUUUUGCUUACCUUUCAAUACAGCAUCGACAUUCAUAUAAAAUAAUUAUGUAAUAAUACAAUUAUUAAUUCUACACAUUCUUAAAUAUAUGAUCAGUAAAAGACAAUGCGUUGUGUGCUGCUUCUUUCAUUAAAUAUAUACAUACAUACUUAUAUUUAUAUAUACUAUAUGUAUACAUUUAUAUUUUUUUCUAUAGGUACGUUAUAAGUAACAUUUUCUGUGUCACUUUUUCGCAAAUUCGCUUUACGUAGUUGAAAAAAUGAGUUUUAAAAAAUUAUUAUAUGCAAAGUAUUAAAAUUUAAUUUAAUUAAAAAAUAUUGAUUAGUAGACCAUUUUUAAAAUUGAUUUAUAAAAUUUAAAAUAUUGUAGAAAAAAGCCAUAUAAAAGCUUUUAAAGUGACUUUAAAAAUUAUUUAACAUUUUUCUCAAACCAAAAAACAAAAUAAUAAUAAUUAUCCAAAAUAAAGUAAAAUAAAAAAUAAAUACAUAAAAAAUACAGUAAUUUUAAUUUUUAAGUGGAAUAGAAAGCUGAACAUUUUUUAUGUGUAUACAAAUUUCAAAAUAAAAAAUUUAGUUUCUAAAAAUAUUUUCUAUUAAAAAAAUUUAUUUAACAAAAACAUAUAUUUUAAAUGAUUUUGCUUAAAUCAAAAUAUUAUUCUAUACGUUUUUUUAUAUUCAUUUAAUAUGUGUUUUCUCGCAUUCUACUAUAAAUUCGAUUUUUUUUAUUAUAUGUAAAUUCACUUUUCCACACAUAUUUUUUCAUACAAUUAACAAAAUAAAAAAAAGCACUUACAUUUUUAAAUUUUCAAGUAUAAAAUUUUCAGAGAAAUACACUAUAGAAAUUUUGAGACAACAUUAACAGUCAAGCGUUAAAAAAAAAUAAAUGCAAAAUAAUAACAAAAAAACAUUUUUUACUAUAUUAAAUUUUUUUUAUAUAAUUUUUAUGUUAAAAGUUUUAUGAUUCCAUUAUAUAAAAUUUUUUUAUGAAUAAAUAAAAAAGUUAUUUUAUUUUUAACGGUAUUUUUUAGUAUCUUGAAAAAUUUAUUUGCAUUCAAUAAUAAAAUUUUGAAAUAUUUAAAAUUUUUGAAAGAAAUUCAUUUAAAAAAUUUAAAAAAAUCGACACUUGAUCAAUUCAAUGCAUACAAAUCAAAUUUCCUUGCUAUAAACUAGCAUAAUUGUAUUGUAUAUAAAAGUAAUUGAAUAUGUAUACAAAAACAAAAACUACAAAAAUUAAAAAUAUAUUUAAAAAAUUGCAAGCAGUAGUUUAUAAUACAGCAACUUUAAUAUGAAAUAAAAUUAACUACUUUAGAAAAUAAAAUUAAGAAAAAAAAAAUAUUAAAAAAACAACAACAAUAUUUUAUGUUUAGUAACUACAAUGAAUGCUGACGUUAAUGUUAUAUAAACCAAAAUACGAUGAAAUCCAUUAAAUGAUAUUCCAAUGAACUACAUACACAAAUACAUACAAACAUAUACUUAUAUACAUACAUACAUAUUUUAUGAUAAUAUUUACUUAAAGUAAUAUCUAAUAUAAUAAAACAGUGCUAUACUAUGUAAAUGACAUACCCACACACAUAUUUGAAGUUAAUUUGAUUCAAUACAAUAAAAUUCAUAAGAUAAUAAAAAAAAAUUAAAAUUUGAUAAAAAAAAUGUAUCAUCCAUAUGGCAACAUUUUGUAGUUUUUGCAAGGAAAAUGAGAAAAAUAUGCAAAAAAUAGUUUGCAUUACACCGUUAUGUUGUUAGUGUAGAGCUUUUGGGCAUUUGAAACGAUUCUACAGUUUUACACUAAAAGAAAAACUUUGUACAAACGGUUGUAAGGAACUAAGAACCGAUCUCAAGAAAAUUUUCGCUAACCAAAAUGGAAUACAAUUGAGGAAAGUGAGUUGAAAAACUUGCAGUUAGCAACUAAACUUUUUAAAAUUUCGUUUUUAACCCUAGAUCAAACUGUAAAAACGCUAAUAAUGAAAUCGUGCAUGUAAGUACACUAGCAUACUAUAAUAACGGUUAACUGUUAUUUCACGAACUAAUUUGUAAAAAAAAAAACCAAAACUACAGUUGAUUUCCAGAAUAGUAUUAAAAUAGUUCUCAAAAAAUAUUAAAAAUAAAAAGAUUUAUCCAAUUCCUUAACAGUACGAAGGGUGUAAACACAUUCAAGCAAACACAAUAUUUUAUAUUUUAAAUAGAUAGCCUAAAAAAUAUAGAAAUAUUAGACCUUGAGUGAACCUUGUGCAAUAUAUUCAUGUAUACUAGCAUAUAAAAAUUACUAUAAUUUUUUGAACCAUCUUGAAAAACGUUUUUCAGCCAACAAAAUUUCAAAAAGAAAAAAAACCACAAAUAAUAUUAAUUGCGUAGCGCACGUCCAAUGGGUUCAGAAAAUUGUACCUAACUAUAGUACAGUCUAAGGAAAAAAUUUUGAACAGUAUCUACUUUAAUUGCUGAACAGACUAAAAUUUAUUAAUAUGUAUGAUUGAUACAUAAAAAAGCCUGGCAUUUUAUUUUGUUUUUUAAAAAUUUGUAUAUUUUUUAAAUUUUGAUCAGUUUUAGUUUUAAAAAUUUUUAUAUUAUUUUGAACUCAAAACAAGGAUUUAUGACUUAAAUUAUUUUUAUUUGAUAUAUUACUAUUUUUUUUGAUUUUUUAUAUUAUUAUUAAUUUUCCUUUUUUUUAAAUUUUUUUAUAAUAAUUUGAAUAUAAAAAAAAACUAAAAAAAUUUUUUUUUUAAUAUUUAAUUGUUUCAAUUUCUUUUUUCAUUUUUUUAAAUUUAAUAAUUAAUAAUUUAAUUUUUUUAGUUUUUAAACUUUGAUUUUUUAAUUUUUAAUUCUAUUUUUGUUCCAAAACUUUGGUUAUUAGGCCUACCAAAAAAUUAAAAAUAAUUCGUUUGUUAUUGUAGUAUUUAUUAUUGCAUAAAAGACCUGGUCUUUUUUGUAAAGUUUUUAAAUGUUAAAUUUUUGUAUGUUUUAGUUUUUUUGUUAUAUUUUUUCAAUUUAUUUUUAGUUUUCUAGUAUUUUGUUUUUUUUAUGAUUGCUUAAAGAAAAAAAUUAGCGUGUUUUAAAUUUUAUUAUUUAUUAUUAUUAUUGAUCGAAUGCUGUUAAUUCAAUUAAUUUUUUUUAAGUAAUUUUUUAUAGACUUUAUUUAUGUUAAAUUGUAUUAUAAAAUAUUUCAACCAAUAUAAUAUUAUUUUUAAUAUAAAUUUAAUUUGAUUACUUUAUUGAUAAUUUACAAUAUGUAUUCAUUACUUUACUCAUUAUUCUUAAUUUAUCUGUACAACCAUUUACCAACCGAAUCGAGCAUUCUAAAACUAAAUUUAAUAAAAAAUUGUUAGCAGUUACCAAGUAACAAUAACAAAGACAGAACAACAACCACACAAAUGUUCCAUAUUUGAAAAAUAAAAUUUAUUCUCCCUCAAUAGUUAUUUCAAAGCGCAAAAACACAUAACUAGCU